AUGUCAUUUGCAGGCCUCAAUACUGGUAACAAUCUCAGCCUGUACGCCGUGCCCGCGGCGUUUGGCCUUGCCAUCGCACCACACCUCUAUGCGUUGGGGCUCGUGACUCUCAAGCAUCCGGCUGGGGCCAAGGGGUUCGACUUCAGCUUUCCCGGCAACACGCGCAAGUUGAUCUCCGAGUCACGUCUCUCUCCCACCGACCAGGAGAGGUACCUCCGCGCCGAGGCAGCCAACGACAACGGUUUCGUCGGGCUCGGCUUUUUCGCUGCCGCCGUGGCUGUCGGAAACGCUGCAGGCCUCUCCAACUCGUCACUGAACCGCGCGGCGGGCGUCUACCUCGCCUCGCGCCUGGCUUACAACUUGCUCUACAUCCUUGGGACGAACAAUGCCGCAGGCAUCGCGCGCACCGUCGCAUGGAUGGUCGGCAGUUUCAGCUGCGUCGGCCUCUUCUGUGAGGCAGGAGACAAGCUCUCAAAGUAA